GCAUUGCGUCGUACAUCAGUCAGAAAUCACUGAGUAAGCUCUGGUUGCCAUUGUUGCUGAACUUAUCAUUAGAAGUCUUCAACACCAAGCAAUAAGAUCACCCUUGAACCAUGUCAUACCCUCGUCUCUUCGGUUCCGUGCAACGAGUGCUCAGCAGAACAGCUUUGCAGAACACAAGAUCAUCAACCAUCAAAGGUACCAGUCUGCUAGCUGCUGUCUCCAGAAGAGCACUAAGCGCCUCAGUGGUAACAGACCAUUAUCCGACGCGUAAAUCUGUUUCGGGGUUAUAUCCACGUGUUGAUCCUUGGUUUUGGGAAGAUAAGAACGGUGUUAGACCGACAGGACCCAUAACUGAUGCGCAACUCAAAGAGUAUGAUGAAAAAGGAUACUUCGUAAUGCCAAACUUUUUCUCGCAAGAGGAGAUACAACCGGUAAUCGAUGCAAUAUACAAACAUAAAAAUGCGAUUGAAUCCAGCCUUAAAGACGACGAAGAUCCAACACUCACUCCAGAAAUUUCGUAUUCAACCGAACCAGGAACAAAAAGACUACGGAGCCAGUUUGGGUUACACAGACAGAUGCCUGAACUGAACGAUAUUUUAAAACACAAGAGAAUUAUACAGUAUGUUCGACAGAUAUUAGCUGAUGACGUCUACAUUCACCAAGAUUUGGUUAACUUCCAUACUGCAUUUACUGGGAUUGGUCAUAACUGGCAUAGCGACUUCGAAUUCUUCCACGCCGAAGACGGUAUGCCGAAUAUGAGAGCUAUGUUUUGUUCUAUAAUGUUGACCAAAAAUACCCCAGAUCGAGGUGCAACGAUGGUUAUACCAGGCACUCACAAAAUAUUUGUCGGUAAUCCCACUGAAACACCAAAGAAUCAACUUGGAACUUCUUCCAAAUAUAAAAUUGAAGCUGGGGAAACCGAUCAAAAGUUGUUCACUGACUUAGCUAAUAAGUACGGUAUUGAAUAUUUAGUGGGUGAUGCUGGGUCGGUUGUCUUUUGCGAUAUUAAUGUUUUGCAUGGUAACCAUACCAACAUGUCUCCCUGGGAUAGAUUGAAUCUAUUGCCAGUUUAUAACAGCAUAUCAAACAAAGUUGGGAAACCGUUUAGUGCACCAUGGGAAAGAAGACCUGAAUAUAUUGCUACACGCAAUAAGGAAAACAUAACCCCUAUUCCGUACCAGUGAACAAUGAGACCUGUGACAUUGUAUAUCUUAAUGUGUACGAAUUUAUAAAAAAUAAUGUCUUAUUACAUUAUAUUAUUAACUUUGAUAUUCACACAUGACCUUAUGGCGACGACGCUAGAUAUUAUUUAUAAUAAUUAUUGUAUUACUGAGUUUAUGCAUGCAGUAUAUAUAGCGCAUGCGCAAAAAAUAAUGCACAAUAGAAUAUACUAGUAGAUAAAAUAACGCGUUUUUACUUUGCACUAACCUUGUCUCGAUCAACGCUUUUGCUGUAUUUUACAAUUGUUUACUAAAAUGUCAGUUUUGUCCGUUGUCGAACAGAUUUUCUGUUUUAAUAGAGUGGUUCAGUUUUCUUUUACAGGAAACCGAGCUUUUUUUUGUGACAAUGUUAGCCAGAAUACCACUAAAUGUAUUUACAGAUUUUACUUGUUUUCAACUUAUAUGUUUAUUACUUGAGUAUAUGGUAUCUGGCAAUAGAAGUAGCUUAAUUUUUAUUGACUAUUCCUUUACCUUAUAGUCAACUUUUCAGAAGCUGCUUUAUCAUGUAUUAUACUUUAUCCCACAUUUUGAAUAAAUAGAAACUAGAGCAAUA